AUGUCCAGUCAAAUCCAAUGUCUGCAGGUCGUUGUAGAAGAAUGUCCACAGCAGAAGUCGCUGGUAGAGAACCUGUUGUCCUUCUUCAUAGAGCCUGAAUACUACAGGACGUGCAGUGUGACGCUACCUGGUAACGGCUUGAGAUCUACCAUCAUGGGGUCUGCCUGGGGGUCCAAUUUUACAGGCUUCGCCCCCACUUCAGGGACCACACUGAUGGUCUGCACGCAGAAGCUCAAGACCUGUCAGAACAGCUUCAAUAACACCUUUACUUCCCACAUGGCGCUGUAUAAUAUUUCUGGACUCUACAACGGCCAGACAGCCAGCCUGUGUGUUCAGAGCUUCCAGGAAUGUUCCAGUCCAUUCAACAGCACGUUCUUCCCGGGUCUUCACACAGCAAACCUCACCGCCAUCUGUAGGUGA